UGAUAGCGUGGAUUGGUUUGCAGUGUUUCGUUCAUUUGUUUUUGUGCAAUUAAAAGUUUGAUUCAAAUAUUCGAAGUAACAAUCCUUUUGUAACGGCACAAAUGCUGAAUUGAAACACACAAACCAUUCAUAAUUGCAAAGUUAGGCUAAGAUUUGAUUACACUAAAUUCUCAAGUAUAUAUUAUUAUAUAAAUAUUUACAGUACAGUAUUGCCCAGCCCUACAGUCAAACACUGCGCGUGAUUGUGACGUCGUAAAACGCGCCUGUCGGGAAAAUGGCGUCCUAGUUGGCAUAGUUUUCACAACGCUAGUGAUAGGCUUGAUUAUUUUCUUCGUGUAGUAACCAUCAUAUGCCCUUGCGGUUCAGUAUAGUUGUCGAAAGACUUUAUCACACACCAUGAAGUCUGACAUGGACGAUUUAAUGCCUCGCCUGCUACCCGUUGAGUGCGGAGACUCUUCAGCUGAACUGAAGCUAGAUGGUCCACCAAGAAACCCUCAGGAAUACCUUCGACAAGUCCAGCUAGAGGCAGCGUUGUGUCCGGAAGUGGUUGUUGCUCAGCUUGACCCCAAGAAACUGAAGAAGCAACAAACUGUUAAUGCAUCUGUGGCUGGGUGUCAUGCUGCUCCUGCUGGUUUCUCUCCCAGUCUCAGUUGGCAACAGCGGCAAGUCAGUAAUUUUUCAGAUGUUCGACAGAACAUCACAAAGAACAGACAACGAUGGUGUAGCCACUCCCUCGACGGCAACGUCCUAAUGCCGAAACAAACAGAUGAGGAAGGCUGGAAGAGAUUUUGUUUAGGUGAGCUGGUCUACCAGGGUGUAUCGCCAUCCAACACUGAUGCGGAGGCAGGACUGAACUACGGCAAGGUUGGCUUCCCACCUUUCCUAAGCAUCGUGAGCCGACUCAGCCAGUCCACGGUGCUGACAGUGUUGGAAAUCCUGAUCUGCUGGUUUGAAGAACAACUUUUUGUGCCUCAGUUGGGUCGCUGGUUGUAUGCAUUGUUGGCCUGCCUGGAGAAGCCAUUGCUGCCUGAAGCUCAUUCUUCCAUCAGACAGUUGGCCAGGAGAUGUGCUCAAGUUAGGACUACCUUGGAGAGUCAAGAGGACGAGAACUUACCUGCCCUCAACCUUCUCAUCUGCCUUGUUGCAAGAUACUUUGAGCAGAAUGACCUGGCAGACCAGCCUGAGUGAACAUCGUCUUUUUGACAGUCAGAAGGAUGAAUGGAUCCCACUCUGGUACCAAGAAGAGAGCAGGCUUCAAUCAAGCAUUUUACUUUUGUGUACAACAUCAAGUGUGGCAAACGGGACCACAAAGAUGCAGCUUGAAUGACAUGACUCGCCCUACUGAUCACAUCACACAGCCAGUAGUUGGUCUCUUAUUUUUUGGAGGACUUUGGUGAACUUGGAACUUAAGAUGUCUUGACUUGAGUUGACUUGGAAUGCAAUGUUUUUCUAUUAAAUAUUGGUGAAAAUGGCAUACAUGCACCUUAUAUAAAUAAUUGACAUUGUGAUAGUGAUUGAGACAGUCAAAGAUACAGUGCAUUCGAAAAGUUUUCACAUCACUUCUUCCACAUUUUGUUAAUUUUUUUUCUUCAAAAUUCUCUACACAACACUUCAUGAGAAACGUUUUUAUUUUUUUUGUUUUUAAUAAAUUUUUGCAAAUUUAUUAAAAACAAAAAAGUAUUCAGUCUUUGCUCAAUCCUUUGUUGAUGUAUUGACAGCAAUUACAGCCUUCAGGUUUUUUGAAUACGAUAUCACAAGAUUGGCACAUCUUUGGACACUUUUGUCCGUUCAUUGCAGCACCCGUCAAUCUCCAUCAGGUCAGAUGGGACGUGUUCUACCACCAUUUUCACAUCUGCUGAACUCCCAUUGAUGGAUAAGAGAGGCCAUUGUGCCAUUCCACAGAUUUUUUUCUAAAGUUUUUUUUUUGUCUGACAUACACCAAUGUCAACUGUACACCUUUUAUAGGCAGGUGUGCCCCUUUCUAAAUCUUGUCAAAUCAAAUCAAUUGAAUUUAUAAAAGGGUUGCCAUGAAGCUGGACAAACUUUUUAACGAUGCUCAGUGGAAACAAUGUACCUGAGCUCAAUUUUCAGCUUCAAAGAAAAGGCUGUGAAUACUUAUGUACAUUGGAUUUCUUUUUUUUUUUUUUAAUACAUUUGCAAACAUCACGAGGUAAUUGUAGAUAAAAAAAAACAAAAAAAACAUACAGUGUGGAAAAUGUUCCCGAUGCACUGGAUCUCCCUCUAAUACAAAUAUAUCACCUUUAAUUAUUAUUAUUUUUUUUUUUACAUUCAGUCUCUCUGUUACAAUAACCCUACCCUCAGGGUUUUGGACUAAUAUCUUUGUAAGGCGGUAAAAAACCUACAAAAUCAGCAGGAGAUCAAAUAUUUUCCCCACUGUACAUUGGUUUUGAUAUAUUCAAUAUUUGACAUCCUCCGUGCAAAGAAAAAGCACACACACUAAUAUCGCACUUUUAAUUUGAAGCAGAUGUUGAUAGAAAACAAACAGUUUCAAAAAUCAAAAUCACAUGUAGAACCAGGGCAUGGAAUCAAACAACACAAACAAGCAACAGCAGUCACAAAACUUGAAGACAACUACUGUGUGAUAAAAAUGUUAGGGCUGCCAUAACUGCCAGUGAUUUUAGAGACAAUAUCGGAUGAAAAAUUAUUUCCCCCCUCAAAAAACAUGACCCCUUUCAGCACACUAACAAACAUCAAAAAUGUUACAUUUUGCAUCAUUCGUUUAAAAAAAACGGGACUGUCCACCAACUGGACAGUCCUACAAGACUCACCACAGUCACUAAUUUACAUUUCUAUGUUAAAAUAACCUGUCAGUUUAGAUUUACCAUGGCCAAAUCUGAAAAAAGAAGGUCCCCCUAAAGGCGAUGUUAUGGUGGGUGAUGUGGUAUUUAUUAGGUGUUGUGGGAUUAGGUCAAAAAUUGCAGGGUGGGACAUUUAUUGCCCCGCAAAGUUGUUUUGCAGUCACUAACUUAAGUCGACAAAGCAAAAUGGGACCCGGUUUAGCGUCUUUUGUCCUUCCUGUCCCUAUCUUUAUGUUCCCUAUCGCUCCGAGACGAUCUGCUCCUGCCUUCAUCGCUCCUCCUCUUCUUCCUCUCCUCGGAGCCCUUCGCAUCCUUGCCUGCUGCUCCUCCACUACUCCCUCCUCUCUUGCGAUGACUUUUCUCUUCUUUUUUCCUGUCCCUGCCUGACUGCCUCCUGUUGCGCUUGCCGCUGUCCCGGCUGCGACUUCGGCUGCUGCUGUUGGACGACGAGGAUGAAGAGGAUGACGACGACGAGGAGGAGCGGCUGGAACCAGAGGAAGAGGAAGAGCUUCCACUGGAGGAGGAGCCAGAGGACGAAGACGAGGAACUGCGACUUUGACUGCGGCCCUUUCUUGACUCCUUCUCUUUCUUCCUCCCCCUUGCGCCAUUUUUCUGUUCCUUCAGAAGGGCAGCGGGGUCGCUAGGGGCAUCCUGGGAACAAGGUUGAGGCUUUGGAGCCGUAUCGCCACCCGGUUCCCUUUCCUCUGCCUGGUUCUGGGUGGUGGAAUCCUGGACCUCAGAGUCAGGAAUGAUUGGCUCUGGUCCAGGUGUGUUGGAGGCUGUUUCUGAUUUUGAGGUGGGAGAGACUGCCAUGGUUUCGGACAUCAAUGCUGCUGGUUCCUCUGAGGUGGGGCUAAGCUGCUCGCUACGAGGUGCCUCUUGUUGGCUCACGGUUGGUUCAGAAGGAGGGGUGUUCUCAGUCUUUUCAGUGUCAAGGUCUGAGGGCCCUUCUUUACUGUCCUUACUGUCUUCAUCCUCCUCUAACUUGGUCCUGUCCUGCUCUUUCCCUCCCUCCACUUCCAUCUCCUCUGACCCUGGGCCUGCAUCCUCAUGGACCUCUGUGUUCUCCCUUCCCUUCUCGCUAUUCCCUGCUUCAUCAAACUCCAUCUCCACUUCCUUAACUAACCCAUCCCUACUAUCCCCUUCUUCGUCUAGCUCAUCUUUCUCUACCUUUCUGUCAUACUCCUGUUCUCCAUCCACGCCCUUUUCUUUCUCCUCCUGCUGCUGCUGCUCUUCCUGCUCCUCAUCUUCUUCUUCUUCUUCCAUAUCUGCAGCUUCCCUGUUACCUCUCACCUUGACUACCUGACCUGCUGGCUUACCCUCUGCCGAGUGGUCCUUCCCUGCCGCCGCAGUGUUGCCGUCCUGGUCGCGGUUUAGCUGUCGCCGUGGUCGGGACUCCAUCUUGUUGAUGUGCUCCACGAAUGCCUCACGCCGCUCUUCGAACACAGCUGUCAGGAAGCAGACAUUCAUAUACAUUAAAGUCGGUUUUUAGAAAGUAAGUAAAAACACAGCCAAGAGAAAAAAAAUAUCGAACCGUUUAGUUUCUUGGUGGAGUCCUCGAGGAGUUUCUGAGUGGCGGAGCACAUUUUUCCAGGUAGAUAGAAGAUAUGAGGCUUGGUCUUGGUGCGAAUGUAUUUCACCAGGCAAUUAUUGUGGCUGGUCCACUCCUCUUGCUGCGUGUGUGCAGGAAAGACAACAUGACUGCAAUUUAUCCAAACUUUUCUCGUCAUUCUGUUCAUUUCUACUGUACAACGUGGCGGCCAUCAUUUACCACGUCUAGGAGGAGCGAUCACAUUAAAUGACAAGUUGCAAAUAUAGUCAUGGGUGACUGGAUUAUUUCCAAUUUUGACUCAUAUUGUGUAUUUCUAUUGUGCAACAUAUCUCAUGGGAGGAGGGAUCACGCAAAUUAAGUAGUGGCGAGUGUCUUAUUAAGAAAGGUGGCUGUUAUUAAGAACCGGUGAGCAUUACAGUCAUUCUUCUGUGUACAUGGCAGGCCCUCGCCCGCCUCUUCCAACUGUUAUAGAAGAGGGGAGGAAAGUAGAGAGUGAGCUCACACAACCCAAAAGUGCUGAAAUUGAGGUGUUAAGUGAGCCCAAGGACAGUUCCAAUGGCCUAGUAGUGUGAGUACACCCAAAGAGUGAAGUUUGGCUUUAAAAGUGCAGGAUAAGGAGACAUUGUACUUUUGCUACAAUUGUUUUGUGUUGAGCUGCGGGAUUUUUAGUCCGACAUAAUGUCGUGUCAGAAUUAGUCAGGUCAAAAUCAGUUGUUCAGAGCAUCUUUGAAUGCGAUAGUCUGUUUAAAGUAUUGAGGAGAACAUCCUAGAAAACAUCUGUUACUCUUCUGGAUGACUGAAUCCAAUAAAACAACCGUCUGACGAAAGCAAGCAUAG